UACUACUUGCAGUGUAAGUAGCGAGUAUUUUUACAAACACUUGUACUUUAAACCGAAUCCGCGUAACACAGUAAUAUUGUUGAUAUUUUUGAAUCAUUAGAUACAAUCCUUUCAAUGAAUGGUCUAACAGACUUUCCAUAUAUAAAAAUUUCACUUACAAAGCUUAUUUGCUAAAAUACCCCACUGCAUGGCACCUUGUGAUUCAGAAACGAACUUCUUUAACCAGUCGGCCGUAUAUACACGUAUUAAUACGUAGGAGUAACAACGGUGAAAAUUUUCAAUUGUAAUUACAGGUACAUUCACACACACUCACACUCAUAUUGCAGUUUGCAUGUAUUUCGAUUUACAUAUAUGCUAACUCAUGUAUGUUGCUUAUAUAACUGUCAUGUGGUCGGUUGUUGAUCUAAAUUUUAUUACACGUAUAUAUAUACACGUUGAUAAACAUUUAUAAAACACAGACACAUAUAUUCAUAUUGACCGACACACAUAUACUAGUCAGCGUCUUAAUAAGUAGCAAGUUGGGAGAAAGGAGGAGAGAGUAAGGAGAGUGUAACUAACGGGGGUAGUACGACACACAUUCAUAAUAUCUAUGUAACAUUGUCAGUCAUGUAUAAAAGUCUCUAUGGAACAUGUGCAGAGGAAUAUUCAUUAAGCAUUAAAAAAGGAAGGAAGGAAGGACAUUAAUGCCAACAAAGAAGGUGUAGGGUGGGCUUCACUCGGAUGGCUUAUUUACAUUGGAGGAGCAACUCAUACAUUCAUUUCAGCAAUCUUACGUGACAAACUGUUUCGUGUUUGAUAAAAUUACGGCUAUUAGCCAAAAAUUACACUGUCUCUGGAAGGAACUUGUAUUUCGACUGCUACUUACGAGUGGAGAAGACUAAGUUAUCAACAUCUGCUAGCGAAGAAAUCAUCAGCUACCGAAGAAAUAUAUAAACAAACAGGACUCCGUAUUUCGGUUUAUUAUAACUAAAUAGUAGUUGGGAAAACAAAUCCAGCAAAGAUGAGUAAAGAAAAAAAUCAAAAGGUUUUGAGAAUGGAUACUAUGAAUCCUUAUGUAAAAGCAAUGGAAUAUGCUGUGAGGGGACCGAUUGUGAUGCGAGCUAACGAAAUAGAAUUAGAUUUGCGAGAAGGAAACAACAGCUACCCAUUUGAGAAAAUCGUCAAAUCUAACAUAGGGGAUUGUCAUGCCACGGGACAAAAACCAAUAACAUUCAUACGGCAAUUAAUGGCAUUGUGUUUAUAUCCUGAAUAUCUUAUGAACGAUCCUAACUUCCCGAGUGAUUGUAAAGAACGGGCAAACCGAAUUCUGAAUGAUUGUCGUGGAAAAAGUGUCGGAUCUUACUCGAACAGCGAAGGGCUUCAAGUUAUUCGAGAAGAUGUAACGAGUUAUAUCGAAGCUAGGGAUGGUUUCCCGGCCUCUCCUGACAAUAUCAUUAUGACAACUGGCGCUAGUGAUGGUAUAAAAAUUAUUUUGAAUAUGUUAAUGACUGGAGAACCCGGGAAAAAGAGAGCAGGUAUCAUGAUACCAGUUCCUCAGUAUCCUCUUUAUUCAGCAACAAUAACCGAAUAUAACGCGUAUCCUAUUUACUACUACCUCGAUGAAGACAAUAACUGGGCUUUGAACCUAAAAGAAGUUGGAGCUGCUUACAACAAGGCAAAAUCACAUUGCCAGCCACGGGCCAUUUGUGUAAUUAACCCGGGAAAUCCAACUGGUCAAGUAUUAACUAAAGAAAACAUUUGCGAUAUCAUUAAAUUUGCUAAACAGGAGAAAUUGUUUAUUUUAGCGGACGAAGUCUAUCAACAUAAUAUAUACGCAGAUGGAUUAGAGUUUCAUUCAUUCAAAAAAGUCCUCACAGAAAUGGGUCCCGAAUACAGCAAUGUAGAGUUAGCUUCUUUUAUGUCAGCAUCAAAAGGAUACAUGGGAGAAUGUGGCUUCCGAGGUGGCUACUGUGAAUUAACUAACAUCGACCCUGAUGCGAAGAAAGUGAUUAUGAAAAGCAUCACUGCCCGUCUUUGUCCGCCUCUUAUGGGUCAAAUUGCCAUCGCAGCAGUGGUUAACCCGCCUGUCAAAGGUGAACCUUCUUAUGAUCUUUUUAUGAAAGAGAAAACUUUUGUGCUCAGCCAGCUUCAGAAGAAAGCUCGCCUAGUCACCGACACGUUCAAAUCCAUCCAAGGUUUUACGUGCAACGAAGUUCAAGGGGCAAUGUAUUGUUUUCCGCGCAUCAACAUACCAGAGAAGGCCAUAACUCAAGCAAAGCAAAGAAACAUGACUCCAGACAGCUUUUAUUGUUAUGAACUGCUAGAAAACACUGGCAUUUGUGUAAUCCCUGGAAGUGGGUUUGGUCAACGCGCUGGUACAUAUCACUUUCGUAUCACUAUACUGCCACCCGAAGAAGAAUUUAAUAAAACAAUCAUCCGUUUUAAAGAAUUCCAUAUGAAUUUCUUAGCUAAAUAUCAUUAAUGCUACGGUGGGAUUUUGACAAGAACACAUCACUAGUAUUAUUUCAUACUAUGGAUAUUGUAUACCAGCAAAAUGAUAACUGAUACCAAAUAUCCACAGCAAACCAUUCCACUGAAUUACAAGACUUCAGUACUAUUUCUAAGUUUGACUUGGUCAAAGAUUUUUAUUUUAUAUUUAGUAUAAAAUUAAUUUUUUAAAAAAGAGUCACAAUAACUUCAACAACAAGCAUAUAAUUGAUAAGAAACUUUGUCUACCAUAUAAAAUCAACAGGAGAGAAGAGAACUUGAGAAAAAAGGCAUUGUUACUGUUUCUGAGAGUAGAAACUAGGAACAUUUAAUAAAGAAUAACUUUUUGAUAUAUUUAAUUGUUGGUUUAAUAUUAAAAAAAAAUUAUUUACCUAUUUUUUAAAAUAUUUUUGUUUAUUUAAAAAUCUCUGAUACAAACUAGAUGAUUAUAUAAACAUUUGACAAUGGAAAGAAUGAAAUGAUUCUAAGUUUUAAAUUUCUCAUACAUUCCCUAAUACGUCAAAAAUUUUGACCAAUUUUUUCAAUUACAAGUCUUCAACUUAAGACACCUCAUUCAUAUAUAAGAGUCUUUCAGUUGUUUCUGCAGCAGAUUCUUCCUUUUUUUUUUUUUUUUGACACUCAAAAUGACUAUCUUCCAACUCAUUCUUCUUAGAAUUGUAAUAUUUUCAUUCAUUUAACCAGCCAUUAUUUCUGUCUUCUUCUUAAAAAAAAAAGAAGACUUACCAUUUUUCCUGCCUUCCUACAAACUGUGUGAUACCCUUUCUUGGUUAUUCAUUUUUUGUGGAGUCAUACUAGUCUUUUUAAUCUGUUUUACAAAUCGCUAUAUUAAUUCUUAAACAACUUCCAAAAGUAAAAUGUUUUAUUUAUAUUUUUUCUACCAUUUCUACUGACUUCUUGUAAAUAAAGUAAAUUCUACCGAUAUCAGAAAGAAAUGUAUGUCAUUGAGACCUUAAUCCACUGGUUUCAAAUAAACCUCAAGAGUGUCUUACAUUUUAACCUUGGAAUUACUAACUCAAGCUGACAACCAUGUAACAUUCCAGUCAGCUACAGAACCUGUUAUUAUUUGUUUUUAUGUUGGUAUUGUCAUUGUUGUAAGUGUGGUUGUUAUCAUUGUUGUUAAGUAACUCUGGUCAAUUCUGCAUGAGCCGAUAUAGAACUAGAUUGUUGAUCAAAUAAAGCAUUUGAUCUGCAUUUUUAGCUGUGGCCAGUCUUUCCACCUCUAUUGUAAAUAUAUUGUCCAAACAACUAGUGGUUCGUAUUUUAAAAACAAUAUGGAGUUCAUGUUGAAGAAAUCUAACUGCUACAUUUAGCAAGUCAACCAACUACAUAGGAGUUACCUUACUGGCUCUUUUGGUUCAUAUCCUAAGGAUAUAAAGUGGAGAACAAAUUUAGUAAGAGAGAUUUGGUUGCGAUAUUCAGUAUGUCAAGUAACUAUACAGAUGCUCCCUCUGUGGUAUGUGUUGUGAUUUUUGUAAAGAAUUUUUGAAGAACUCACUCUAUUUUGUCAAAUGAAUCUGUGGUGGUAAAUGAAUAUGAUAGCCAAAAAACCAUAAAUCUCUAAAUAAGUCAACAUAUAUGCUGUUCAUAUAAGCACUGCCAGUUCCUAUAUUAUCAUUCCAAACCCUCAUCUUCUGAAGAAAUGAACCAUUAAAUCAACUUUGUUAAGAUUUGAA